UUAAAUUCAAUGGAAAGUGUUCCUUCGGAAGAUUCACAUUCAGAAAACAACGAUGACGAGCGAGUCUAUUUCGUUCCUCUCAGGUGGUGGAAGGAAGCUAAGGGUCCAAUGCCGGAGGGUUCGGAAGGGAAGGAGGGUGUUUUAUAUUCAGGUGUUGCUGGUUCUUCAUAUGCAGGUCCUAUGAAGAUCAUCAACAACAUAUUCAAUUCGGAUCUCAUGUUUGGUCUCAAGAGGGAGGAGGAGUCAUCCAUGCAGAAUCGCGAGAAUGGCGAGGUUGGUGUGUCUGGCAGGGACUUUGCAUUGGUUUCUGGGGAAAUGUGGUUGCAGGCACUCAAGUGGCAUAGUGAUUCAAAAAAUGCAAUAAAGGAUGAGAAAGGGUGUUCAUCUACUGAGGACGAUAUGGCAGACAUAUAUCCUUUACAACUUAAGCUAAAUGUUCAGAAAGAAACAAAAUCAUUGGGAGUAAGAAUAAGCAAAAAGGACAACGCACCUGAGCUCUUUAAAAGAUCCUGUAAAAUAUUUGGUGUAGAUACAGAGAUGUUACGCAUUUGGGACUUUUCAGGUCGGACAACCUUAUUUUUUCUGAAUGACAAAAGCAAGAUUUCAUCCGAAGGUCAAAAGCAGUCCGAGGAGAUUUUUCUAGAGUUGCAAGUUUAUGGGUUGUCAGACCCAUCGAGAUGUAAAGAAGGGAAGAAAGACGAGAAUAAUAGUUCGUUUAAGAUGAAUGGUAUCGCUUUUUGCCCUGGCGAAGCUGGUUCAUUGGGAUUAACCGGAUUGCAAAACCUGGGAAAUACUUGUUUCAUGAACAGUGCUCUCCAGUGCCUAGCACACACACCAAAGCUUGUUGACUAUUUUCUUGAAGAUUAUGCCAAAGAAAUAAAUCAUGAUAACCCAUUGGGAAUGGAUGGUGAGAUAGCUUUGGCAUUUGGAGAUUUACUUAGGAAGCUAUGGGCUCCUGGAGCGGGUCCGGUAGCACCAAGAGCUUUCAAAGCAAAGCUUGCUAGAUUUGCACCUCAAUUUAGUGGAUUUAAUCAGCAUGAUUCCCAAGAGCUUCUUGCUUUCUUAUUGGAUGGACUUCAUGAAGAUUUGAAUCGUGUUAAACGUAAGCCAUAUAUUGAAGCCAAGGAUGCUGAUGAUCGACCAGAUACAGAGGUUGCCGACGAAUAUUGGCAUAACCAUUUGGCUCGCAAUGAUUCUAUAAUUGUUGAUGUGUGCCAAGGUCAAUAUAAAUCAACAUUAGUUUGUCCAAUUUGUAGAAAGGUCUCUGUGACAUUUGAUCCAUUCAUGUACUUAUCAUUACCUCUGCCGUCGACAACAAUGAGAACAAUGACUUUGACUGUUGUGAAUAAUGGCAUUAAUGGAAUUACUCAAUUAUCACCGUACACUGUUUCCGUCCCAAAAAAUGGAAAACUUCAAGAUCUGACUAGAGCUUUAGGCAUUGCAUGUUCUUUGGGGCUUGAUGAAACUUUAUUGGUGGCUGAGGCAUACAACAACAUGAUUAUACGUUUUCUUGAAGAUCCAUCUGAUUCAUUAUCCUUAAUCAGAGAUGCUGACAGACUUGUUGCUUACCGAUUUAUGAAAGAUAAUAGUGAUGGACCUUUUCUUGUCUUUACAAAUCAGCAGAUGGAGAAGCCGCAAACUCAUGGGAAAUCAACUCCAAAUUGGAAGGCUUUUGGAGUUCCUAUUGUGUCUAAGCAUUGCAAUGUUACAAAAGGAUCUGAUCUCCGUGAUCUCUAUCUAAAGUUGCUAAAUUCAUUUCAAAUUUCAACUGAAGAGUCCUUAGAAAAUUUAGAUUUGAGUAACAAAACGGAAAGAAUGGCAGAAACAGAGGGGACGGAGUCACCACAUUUAAGUUCAAGUAUGAAUGGGGAAGAUUCUUCUUCAGAUGGAGGACUGGAGUUUUACAUAACAGAUGAAAAAGGGAUCGUCAAGGAUUCCAAGAUAUCAAUGAAUGAGCCACUGGAAAUAAAUCAAGAGUUGAGGCUGCUGCAUGUGCUUGUAUAUUGGUCAGAUAAACAGAUUCAACAAUUUGAUUCCCAGCUUUUCAGUCCAUUGCCUGAGGUUUACAAGUCUGGGUUUUUGGCAAAGAAACCUCAGGAGUCAGCUUCACUAUACAAGUGCCUUGAUACAUUCUUGCAAGAAGAACCUCUUGGACCCGAAGACAUGUGGUACUGCCCUAGCUGUAAAAAACAUCGUCAAGCCAGUAAGAAGCUAGAUCUUUGGAGACUUCCUGAGAUUUUGGUCAUUCAUCUUAAGAGGUUUCAAUAUAGUCGUUACAUGAAGAACAAGCUGGAAACAUAUGUUGACUUUCCUGUGGAUAAUCUUGAUUUGUCAGCUUAUAUUUCUCACAGGAAUGGCAAAUCUUACCAAUACAUGCUAUAUGCUAUCAGUAACCAUUAUGGAAGUAUGGGAGGUGGUCAUUACACAGCUUUUGUCCAUCAUGGUGGUGAUCAAUGGUACGACUUCGACGAUAGCAAUGUUCAUCCCAUUAGUAAGGAGAAGAUAAAGUCAUCAGCUGCCUAUGUUCUUUUCUACAGAAGAGUUGUCGAAGGAUAAACAUAACAGUAGAGUUGCACAUAGUUCAAAUAGCAUUGAAGCUAGGAAUCAUUGAUUCAUACAUUAUUAUAGUCUUACAGGUAUACCUAACAAAAGGUAGAAUAUUUUUUUGUUCACAUGUUUUACAUUUUUUGGCUAGUUGUGUUUUAGAGUGGGAUUAGAAAGGAAGGGGAUAUUGUAAAGAUUAGUGGGGUAUUAAGAAU